AUGACGGAGAUCUCUGGCUCGGUGUCUUCUGUCCUUGACGAAGCCAGCCAGUGCCAAGUCAAGAACCACCAUAACGACGCGAAGUCAACACCCGGCACCGAAGAGAGCUCUGGAGUUUCAGCUUGGGGCGGGUUUGACGAUGAUCUAACGACGUGGGAUAUAUCUAGCCAAAACAUCACCCAGAGUUCUCGAAUGGAUGAAAAUCCUCAACAUCCUCAACAGCCCAGUGUAAGGGACGACUGCAUACGAACUACUGAUAACUUACCACUUGAAGAAACUGGAAGUGUAGUGCCAAUUGAAUCAUCUCAAAACGAUGCUGGUGGCCUAACCUGGCAGAUACCCAAUAUUUGGACGUUCGACUACCAAAUGGGACCCCAGGCCUAUGACAAUGCACUAUCAAGAAGCCAAGAAUCCGCCCUGGUGCGCGGAAAGCUCUGGUCAGAGACCAACUCACCCUUCUCCGAUCACAUCGACGUUCUCCAGCAACUCCUAAAAGCCAGGCUUGAGCUUUUCAAACCACGGACAGAACAGUCGCCCCAUCUGUUCUACACCCGAGUCCUUAUGGUGCUGUCCCUCUUCAAUAGCAUGACGCGGCCGGACGUGAUGGCAUGGUAUGCCAAGACCAGAUUCUACCAUAUCGUCGACUUGACCGCCUGGAAGGUACACCCCUGCACGCAAACACUCAGCAAAGUCUUCCAGCCGUACCGUCCCACAAAACUCCAGCUGAUUAGCCCUCACCCCAACGUCAUCGACUGGAUACCGUUUCCGUCUAUCCGGGACCGCCUGAUCCAAUUCCACGCGUCAAACCCCAAGAUCGACCAGAUCUUCUGCGACACAGUGAGCAGCUACGUCGUCGAGGCUUGGAUGUCGGACCUGGUAGCAAACGCCCCAAAGACCCGGGCAUACAUCCGCGUCAACGACCUCGUUGACAAGAUCCCCUCCACUGUCAAGUGGAGCGAGGUCGAAACACGCAACGUGCUGCCCGCGCAGGACUCAGAAACGCUCUUCUUAAGCCCCGAAUGCUCACAGGCUGUCUUCAAAGCACUCAACAUGAACCGCGGGGCAGCCUACUACAAGAUCGACCCAAGCUUCUUUGGGAAGGCAUCCCGCUCAGACCGCUCCUUCAGACUAACUUGA